CCAAGAACAAACUCCCUGGGCUUUAAAACCAGUUUCAGGAAACACGUGGGUCUGAAACGACUUUGUGUCCUAGUUCUCUGUACUUGAGGUUUUGAAUCACGGGAGCGCAGAGACACUGAGGCUCAUAUUGCGGCGGUUGUCGGUCGGAAAACUCGGUUUCCGGUGAGAUGAAGGAGAAAUCGCAGGACCCAACUGGUUUGGCCGGGGAGGGCAAAGCUAGAAAUGACGGCAGAAGAGACGAGAAGCAGAAAUUAGAAGUGGGUAGAGCGAGUGGACAGGUUAGAUACAAACGAAGCUCGAACUUGAAUGAGAUAAUGAAAGAUGGACAGCUACUUGAUAGUGACAGUAAUGGAGCAAGUGCGUCCCUUACUGAACAUGCUCCUGAAUCAAGCAGCUUAAAUCUGCCAGAAGCCAAAGGUUCAAAGCAAAAAGUACAGGAUGGUCAUUCUACCAAAACCAAAUGCAUUUCUGUUCUUGCAGGUCAAGGCACGCAAGAUGAACAGUCUCCAGGAGGUGGGAAUGCAAAACAUGAAAGUGAAAAGAUCCAGCGGCUGUCCAAAUCCAAGAAGAAGAAAGAUCUUAACUUGCCUCGUCGUGCUUCUAAGCGACUAGCUGGUAUUGAAGUUGAUACAGUGCCAGAACUGAAAGCAAGCACUCGAGCACGUCGAGUUGGCAGCAAACAGCCGGAUAAUUCGGCUGGUUGUACAUUCCAGCAGCCAGAAAAGCAAGAUUUUGCUUCUGUUGUUCAGGAAGAGCAUGAUAAGGCUGAAGAGAAGCCUGGAGUUCCUUCAGAUUCGCCUCUUGCUGAUUUCUUCACAGAUCCAUGCAUUGCAUUUGCAAUAAAGACUCUAAAGGAUCAUUCGGGGAACGGAGAAACAGACAAUAUGAGCUAUGAGAAGCAGGAAUGCAAUGUAUUUCCGCCUCCAGGCAACUUAGUUAAACAAGAAAAUCAUGAUGGCAUAGUUGGAACUGGUGAGACGUCGGGAUCAUCCAUUACUGAACCCCCUUUCGGGAGUUCAUGGCCGGACCCCUGCAUUGAAUUUGCUAUAAAGACUCUCACAGGUGCAAUCCCACUUGAGUAUGACCCGCAUAUCGAGGAGUACUUCCAGAAGCAACUUAGUUCAUCACAACAACACAAGGACAAUCUUUUGCAGAAAGAGAUUGCCUGACCAAAGGUUUCUGCAAUGUUUAACUCCCCAAAGUCAAAAAGUCAAAAAAAAAAAAAAACUCCCCAUGUGUGUUUUCGAGUUUAGCUUUGGAGUCUGUAUUAGCAUAGCGUUAUGUGCAAUCUAAUUUGUUCUUAAUACUGAUUGUUUGGCCUUUGAUUAAUCUAACCUUCCAAAUGAGGUAGAAGACACUGUUAGCAGCAACCUUUUAAGGUUUUUCCUUCUAUUUAUGUUUACAUUUGACCAGUAGUACUUCCAGUAUAUCAUCAUGGGUUUUUCUUCUAUUUAUGUUUA